CGACUCGUCUGGCGCGUGGCAGCGACUCUGCCGCGCGAGUGAAGGUUCAGAGGUUGAAGAGACUGUCGAUGGGAGUAGGCGCGUGGCAGCGACUCUGCCGCGCGAGUGAAGGUUCAGAGGUUGAAGAGACUGUCGAUGGGAGUAGGCGCGUGGCAGCGACUCUGCCGCGCGAGUGAAGGUUCAGAGGCUGAAGAGACUGUCGAUGGGAGUAGGCGCGUGGCAGCGGCUCUGCCGCGCGAGUGAAGGUUCAGAGGUUGAAGAGACUGUCGAUGGGAGUAGGCGCGUGGCAGCGGCUCUGCCGUGUGGCCGUCGACUCCGACGGCGACGCACUCCGCUUCACUGUCCGCCAGUACGGCUCGCCGCCAUCCUUUUGCCACCGAGGCACGCUGACGUGCUGGGGCUUCCCGAGCGGCCUACGCGCGCUGCAGGAGACGCUGCAGUCGCGGCGCGGCUCGGCGCCGGCCGGCUCGUACACCAAGCGGCUCUUUGACGACUCGACCCUCCUCCGCUCCAAGCUUGUGGAAGAGGCGCAGGAGCUGGCAGAGGCAGAGGAGCCAGACGACAUCGCCUCUGAGGCCGCCGACCUCCUCUUCUUCGCGCUCGUGCGCUGCGUCGCCGCCGGCGUCACUAUCGCCGACGUGGAGGCGCAUCUCGACGCGCGCGCCCUCAAGCUCGCGCGCCGGCCGGGCAACGCAAAGGCGUCUCGUGACAGCGCCGCCGCCGCCAUCCUCUCGGACAAGGCCAAGCGCGCCGCCGACAAGGGCCCGGUGGCGGCGUGGAGUCAGGCGCCGUCGGCGGGCGCUCUUGCGCUCGCCGCCGCCGCCGCGGCC